ACCAAACUAUUAAAAAUGAUUUUAUGCCAGACCUUGGCUAUGAAAUUGUGGAUUUCCAAUACGAUACGUGGCAAAUCAGAAAUUGGACAAAUUUAAAAGAGAUGAUAGCAGGCCCCGAAUUUGAAGCUGGAGGUUGGAAAUGGCGCAUUUUGCUUUUCCCUUAUGGAAACUAUAAUUCAAAUGUUGUUUCAAUUUAUUUGGAAAUUGAUGAUCCAAAAGGAGCACCUGUCGGUUGGCAUUGCUGUGCACAAUUUGCUUUGGCAUUAUGGAACCCAGAAGACCGAACAUCCUAUGUUGGUAAAAGUGGGCAUCAUCGUUUCACUGCUGAAGAACCAUAUAGUGGAGUUACGCGGUUUUGCGAACAAAAUAAGCUGUUUGUCCCAUCAGAUAAUCGUCUUCGUCCGUUAAUAGAAAAUGAUACCUGUAAUAUUACAGCCUUUGUUCGCAUUAUAAAGGACCCAACUGGU